UCUUCAUCUUAUCCUUAGCAAUCUGAGACUGAAAGCAAAUCAUGGAUUUGCUCAUCCAGUUCCUAUCCUUCGCUGGUGUUGGGUUAUUGGUUCUACUAGUCUUCAACCAUCUAUGGAUCUUCGCAAAGGGUUCGAAGAGCAAGGCAGGGGAGGUACCAGAACCACCCGGAGCAUGGCCCAUAAUCGGUCACCUCCUUCAACUAGCAACUCCUCAGCCCAUCUUCCGAACACUUGCUUCCAUGGCUGACAAGCACGGACCAGCCUUCAUCGUUCGAUUCGGCGUUCAUCGAACACUUGUCGUCAGUAGCUGGGAAUUGGCGAAGGAAUGCUUCACUACAAACGAUAAAUCCCUCGCAAGCCGUCCAAGAAGUGCUUCUGGCAAUCACUUGACCUAUGAUUACGCAAUGAUGGGGUUCGCACCCUAUGGAACCUAUUGGCGUGAGGUACGCAAGUGGGUGAUGCUGGAGCUACUUUCCAACCGCAGGCUUGAAUCACUAAAGCACGUUCGAUAUGGAGAGAUCGAUAAUUGUAUGAAAGAUUUACAUGGGCUUUGGGUGAAGAACAAUGGGAAUCAAAUUAAGGUUGAAAUGAAUCGAUUGUUUCGUCAUCUAACCAUGAAUUUGGUUCUUAAGAUGGUUGUUGGAAAACGAUAUUUUAGUGUGGUUGAAGUGGGAGAAGAGUACAAUGAAGAGGUCCAGAAUAUACAGAAAACUAUAAUUGAGUUCUUUAGAUUAACUGGUGUUUCAGUUGCAUCGGAUUCUAUUCCUUUUCUUGGAUGGAUGGGUUUCAAAGGGGAGGAAAGCGCCAUGAAGCGGACCGCCAAGGAGAUGGACGUGAUUACUGAGAAAUGGUUGCAAGAGCAUCGGCAGAAGAGAGAAUAUGCAGAGAAGGGUGAUGGUGAUGAUCAAGACUUCAUGGAUGUGAUGUUGUCGAUCCUUGAAGAGGAUACUCAAUUCCACGGUCACCACCGUGACACUGUUGUCAAGGCCACGGCUAUGGCUAUGAUUUUAGCUGCCACAGACACUACUGCAGUAUCCUUGUCAUGGGCUCUUUCCUUGCUACUGAACAACCUACAAGUGCUACAAAGGGCUCAAGAGGAAUUAGAUAGACAUGUUGGCAAGGAUAGGAAUGUGGAUGAGGAAGACAUUGGUAACCUUCCAUAUCUCCAUGCAAUCGUCAAGGAAACACUCCGGCUAUACCCUGUGGCUCCUCUCAUGAUACCCCAUGAAGCCAUAGAAGAUUGUAAUGUUGGUGGCUUUAGGAUCAUAGCUGGGACACGAGUGAUAGUGAAUGCUUGGAAAAUACAUAGAGACCCCAACAUAUGGUCAAAUCCUUUGGAAUUCCAGCCAGAAAGAUUUCUAACAAGCCAUGCAGAUGUGGAUGUCCGGGGUAAGAAUUUUGAAUUGAUUCCUUUCGGGUCGGGUAGGAGAUCUUGCCCGGGAAUCUCGUUUGCCCUUGAGACUAUGCACAUGAUGCUUGCCCGCUUGCUUCAUGAGUUCGAGUUGGGUACACCUUUAGAUGAACCUGUGGACAUGACUGAAGGUACAGGUCUAACCAUGCCCAAGGAAACGCCAUUGGAAGUCCACCUCAGUCCUCGACUCUCUUCCCGUUGUUAUGAGUAAAGUUUUAUUGCAGGUUGGU